CAUAUUAAAUUUGCCCACCACAGUAUCCAUUUAUUAUGAAAGUAUGCCACAUUCUACAAUAUUAUACAGUUGUUACACUACUUUUAAGUUGUGCACAUUUAUUAGCAGCCAAAGCUCUGACUGACGGAGAAUACCAAAAUAGACCUAACAAUGACAUAAGACCCGUGUGUAAGCGUGAAGCUGCUGAAGUCACUGAUUAUGAAGAUCGCCAUUAUGUACAGAGUCAUCAGAAAUAUAAGCAUCGUAGAAGUCCGUUUGGAAUUGUUUACAAAGAUGGUAAACCCAUCGGUAUUUUAGAACCUAUUUCAAGAAUCUACGAGUUUCAAAAUUUACAAGAUGAAUUGAACGCUAAGAAUUCUUAUAAUAAACGCGAUAAGGAUGCUCCCAACAGUGGAGAAGAUAAUUAUGUUAAGAGGAACUCUGAGAAUCUUGAAUCCGAUAAUAUUAUACGAAGUUUUAGAAUGAAUCCACACUUUCAAGAUAAGCCCAUGUUAAAUAAUCAAAAAUUAGAAAAGAAUGAUCAAAAACGUGAUGUUAAAAAAGCGGACAAAGCAAAAUUGAGUACCAAUGGAGAUUCUAAACUAUCUGUUAUUGAAAAUAAUCUAAAAGAAAUUAUAAGCGACUUAAAUUCAAUUAGUUCCGACGAUGAAGAUAGUGAAAACAUCGAUUCGGUAGAUAAACGUGAAGCACAAAUGGAAGACGAAGAUUUAGACAAUGGAAUUAAUAAAAUAGGACUUACUAAAGAAACGCAUUCAAAUAGUGUUGGAUUGUCAUCAGAAUCUUCUAUCAAGGAGAAAAAAAGUGCCGACCCGCAAAAAGCAGAAGAACCUUUCAAAGAAACGAAGAAAAUUGCGGAUUACCGCAAUGAAGGCGAAAGUUUUAUUAGGCAAAAACGGCAACAAGCUGGUACUAAACCAGAUGUGAAUGAUAUAGUUAAAGGAUUAGAGAGUUCUGGUGAUUUGACAGUGAGUGGUAACAAGUCACCAUUAGCAUCCGCUAGUACUACUGUUGAAGCAGAGGGUAAAAAAGGUAAAGGGGGGGAUUUCGAAAAACGCGAAAAACAAACAGCGGAAGAUUUAGAUUAUGAAAAACGUCUUCAACGCAAUAUUCAGAAUAAGAUUACUGAAAUAAAGGAACAAGUUAAACGAGAAAUUAAAGCUUUGAAUUCUAACACAAAAUCGAGUCCUGAUGAUAAAUUGAAUCUUGGUGACGAGUCUAAUAAACUUAAACAAGUUGUAAAUGAUAAUUCGAUUGAAUUAAAUGAACCGGAACAAAAGCCCAGAGAAAAAAGAAAUUUGCUUGAACAGGAAACUAGUGAUAUUGAUUUAGCGCAAAACAAUGAACAGAAAUCUUUAGUAAGCCAUAUUAGACAAAAACGCCAUGUGGCAGAAAAUGACGUGGAUGUAUCCAGUGAUGUUAACAGUAAUGAUAUUGUCGAAAACACAGAUACGCGAGAAGGUGUGAAAAGCAUUGCAAAACAAACCUUGUCCGCAAAUAAAGUAAAACGAGAUAGCAAUGUUGUUGACGUUAACAAAAUGGGGUUUGGAGUACAAAAUCAAAAACAAGAUGUUGCAAUCGCACCUGCCAAAGAACGCCUGGUAGUGACACGUGCGAUUGCAACGAAAAACUCCAAACCCACUGCUGCUGCUGCUGUCGGCGGCCUGGACGCCGAAAAGCUCGAAAAGCUUGUCAAAGAAAGCGCUUCUCUCACAGAGUCCAUAAAAAGCGAGCGUGGCGCGCGGUACCACGAAGGUGGCACUCACGUGGAAGUAGAAUUACAUGGACCGGUCAAAAACCCGGUAGAAUCGAAGGCGGCCAAAACUGAAAACGUCAAUGAUGAUAGCGUUGCUUUAGUAGAAAACCAUGCUGAAUCUUCUGAUCUUGUUAUUAACAAUGGAAAAGAUGCAGUGGUAAUGAAACGUGAUACGAAAGCAAAGAAAGAUAAAUCGUUUCAUCAAAACGAGAACAACAAGAAAAGUGUCAAAAUCGAAGAAAUUGAGACAGUACCGGAUAAUUCUUUUGCGCCUGCUCAGAGUGGCAUCAAUCAUAACUACAAGGAUAGCGAGGCAACUACAAGAAUAACACCAAGUUCCUCGGAGGUUUCUGAACCAAAAUCAUUCGAAAUGAGGAGAGAAAACGCUGAUGCAAAGUUAAAAGAAGAAACUGCACAAGACAGCGACAUCUACUCUGAGAAACAAAUUAAUAUUGCAGCUGCAGAUGAAAACACAAAUACUAACAGUGAGGAUGGAGAUCUAAGCAAAAGAGCCAUUUCGAAUCAAGCAAGUGUUCGUCAAGAACGCAAAACCGAACCUGUAUUGAGUUUAGAAGAUAUGCAGGCACUAGACAGUGCCAAUAAUAUGAAGCGAAGACGGCGCUACACUGAUGAUUAUGAUUAUAAUCCUCGUGAUAAACGUGAUUAUGAUGUACAGAACAUGCACUUUCGGAACUAUCGCGGUGAUGAGGACGAAGCAGAUGAUGAAAGCGACGAGUUUGAUGAUGAUAAUUUCGACGAUCGUACUGCUGUGCGAAAGCGAGCCGCACAGGAACUAGAAAAUUACGAUGACCUAGAUGGUGAUUAUGACCAUCUACAAGCGAAUGACGAGAAUGCAGCAGACGUUAUGCCACGUAUGAACAAACGAAAUAUUAAAGCGAGAGAUUAUGUUGCUCGGUUGAACGAGGAUGCGUAUGAUAACACGAAUUAUUUGUACGACGCAAAUGGAAGACCUUUAAACCGAAAUAAACGACAGAUUUUAGAAAAUGCCGGUGGGUCUAAUGUUAACAUGGCGGCUUUACAUGGCGGCGGACCGAUGGUUCGCCAUCUUGCGGCGAUUCGAGAACGCAAUACACAUAUAGAAAAUAGUCUGGAUAAAUCGAAGCGAUUAGAGAAGAAUUUCCAAAAUGGUCAUGCGGGGAAAAGUAAUCAGAUAAUUUCCGGAUUAUCGGAAAACGAUAUUUUUGGAGCAUUGCCACAAAGUUAUGAAGGAGAAUUAACGAGGUUUAAAAGAGUUAAACGCGAUGAUCCAGCCGGAUGAUGUGUGGAACACUUUACUAUGAUGGUAUAGAAGAAUGUUUCAUAUACUUCAUUUUACACUUGUUUAACUUUAUAUUUAAUUUUUAUAAGGAUUAAAACUGUGUUGGGUUGCA